GUGGAAUUUCGCUUUCCUCUUAUCAGUUUUAUUUCACCACUUAGCGACCGACACUGCAAUUUUUAGUAAAAAUGUGAAGUUUUACGUGGUUUUCUUAUGUAUUUUAAGCCAGUCUAAGUUACUGAAAAUUCCAACAAACUAUUGUCAUUAUUACGUUGCGUUAAAAACGAUUAUUCUCAGUGUUUACACGUCAUUGUUGUCAACGUCUUCAUAACAACUUGGGUUUUACUUAUACUUUCCUCAAGAUUUCUUCAAGAAAGCUUAGCCCAGCUCCUAUUUUUAGACUGGAGCAUUGCAGCCGCAUUUUCACUUGUUCUAUUUGGUCCCAUCAUUCGUAUUUUCUGGUAAAUACGCCGAUGUGUCUAUGGAGGGUAAGGAAAGAUGAGUUGGUUUGAUGCUGCUGGUAUUGCUAACUUGGCAAAGACAGCCCUCAAAGAAGCUCAAAAAACAAUUGACAAAGCUCUUGACAUAACCGAAGAAGAAGAAGAAACUGGCAGUGCCACGAAGGAUUCCUCAGAGGAAAUGCCAUCAGCGAGUAUUGAAACCAGUGGAGAUGACAUAUUUUCAAGCUGGAAUGUGCUCGAAGGAAAAAAGUCAAAGUCUGCCCCAAACAUUGAAUCUGUCACAACAUCUCAACCUGCUAAAAGUCUUUCUACAAGCACUAGCCUGUGGGGAUCAUUUGCUGGUUCAUUCUUCGAUCAGAAGUCGUCCGAAUCAGAUGAAAAUCAGCCAAAAAUUCCCUCUAGUCAAUCAUCUGAAUUCAUAUCUGAACAGCCAAGAAAAAUCAACACCAAUCGUCCUCUGUCUUUACGAGAGCCGUGUUUAACUGGAAACGAUGAUGAGCUUGAUAAAGAUGGAAGGGAGUCCUCGCGACAUAAAAAUUUUGCCAGUUCUGCUGAAAACCAAUCAUCAGACAGGUCAGGUGACAGAACUCAGCAAAUUGAGUCUUCCAAGAGGCGGGAACACAAACCUUCAAACAUCAAUCGAUUGUCGGUAGCCUCGUCAGGAAGUGACUGCAGAUCAACAGAAAGUGUGGAAAUCCUUGGCUCUGCAACUCCAGAUUCAGACCAGACUCCCUCCAUUUCCACAUCCUCCUCUGCGGGCUAUUUGAAACAGAGUGGCUCUGUUGAGUCUGUUGAAGUGAUAACUUCGCCUAGUUCUAUUGAGGUUUUACCCAGUUUUGGUGACAGUCCCUCUAGUAAUUCUGUAAUGUCUCCUGAUUCACACAAGCUUCAUAGUUUCAGUGCAAGUGACUCAAUUUCACCCGUAGAUCAGCCAUUCUUGGAGACAGUAGAAACUAGCGGGAAGUCCUCCAAUGAUUGCAUCAAUGAUGAAGAAGACAUGAGUAUCGGAGCGGAUGAUAGUUACAACUCAGCUUCAGAAAGCACGCAUACUCUAACCACAGCUUUCGAAAAUGUUCAUCCUAGUUUGAGUGAUAGUACCCAUGUAAAAGAUCUCAUGUUGAAAUCUACAUCCUCAGUCGAAAUGUCAUUUAGUGAAGCUGUCUUGCCACGUGAUCCUGGAAGUAAUAGCCGAUCGUCAACAGUCUCGUCAGCUCACAUAGCAGUUGAGAAUGAAAAAAUAUCCUCACCAAUAAUCAUUGACGCACCAAAUUUGGUAUUAAAUGAUAACGUUAGUGGAGGAGGAGAGCCUGUUAUUAUUGAAACGCUUGAAUCUUCCAUGCAGUCGAGCGGGAACAUCUCUGUUUUAUCCAAUGUGUCCUUUUGUGAUAGUCCGUCCAACAUAACCAACACUUCAAGAACUUCUCUGAAUACGUUAGAUUCAAGUAGUUGCGAAGAGGGAACAUUGAUGGGAAGCAGCUCAGAUGAAACUCCAGUUGGUAGCACCAAAACCAUGUCCUUGUCCCAUCAAACAUCAACAAGUUCGCUGAAAAAUAUGCUAGCUGAAGCAAUGACAGAAAGUCAGCAAGCAACUAGUAUGUUAAUAGCCGGUGAUAACUCUCCUGAAAGUCGCUCAGAACUCCUGAAAAUUGGAUCAAGUGGUCAUACCUCUGGUGAUGAAUUGGAAACGACAACCUCAUCAGACAUAGAAAUUAUAUCCAGUCCAACAAAUGGUGACAGUAGCAGUACAACUUCCCGCCAAAGCCCUGCCAAAUUACUUUGCAGACAAAGCAAAGGAAAAAUGGCGCUUGUUGUUGGUCCAGAAAUUAUUGUGCCAGAAGCUUACAAAAUGAAAGGCCAUCAGAGAGCUCCCUCAGAAGCAUCCAGCGGAGCUUCUGAUGACAGCACCUCCGAAGUUGACAAACUAUUAAAGAAAAUAAAUGAAAUGAAUGAAGUGCUGGAGGCUCGUGAGUCCAAACUGAUCGAUUUAAGUCGACUGAAUGCAGAGCUCAAUGAAAAUAAUUCAGAACUUAAAAGUCAGUUAGAGAGUCAGAACUUGUCGCAAAUGAAUGAAGAAUUUACACAGCGUCUAGCAGCUUUGGAGCGAAAGUUUCAACAAGCAAUUCGGGAAAAAGAAACCCUCAGAAAACAGUUGGAGAAUUCAAAGGCCGCAGUAGUGGCACAGGAAUUAGAGGAGGACAAAGAUCAGAUUAUCGCAGAAUUGAGAGAAGAAGGUGAAAAACUUAGUAAACAUCAACUUGCACUGAACAAUUCAAUAAAGAAACUGAAGAAUGCUGAUAAAGACAAUCAGAAAGUAAUAUCAUCACUCAGGGAACAGUUGGAAGAAACAAACCAAGAGCUGGAGCGCACAAAAAAAGCUCUAACUGCCAAGGAGGAUGUCGAAAGGAAACAGAUUGAAGCUGUAGAUCAACUGACCAAAACAAAUCAAAAACUGGAAAAGGAAGUCUCAAGUUUGAAGUCGCAAGUUGACAACCUAACUUCAACGCUAGUCACAUCUCAAAAAGAAUUACGAGAAAGACGUGCAGCUGUUGCCACUUUAGAAAAGAAAGCUGAAGCUGCCGCUGCAACUGCAGAAAAGGAAGGACGAAGACGACUAGAAGCAGAAUUGCGAGCUGAAUCUGAGCGUAGGACUGAGUUAGAAAAUUGUAUUAGUGAUCUCCGUUAUGCCAUGUCUCAAGCAGAAGAGCAGUAUUCUAAGCGAGAGGCAGCACUUCGCCAAGAAAAUGCUGAAUUAAUGAAACAAUUUCAAAUGGCUGAAAAUCGGAAUGAAGAGCUUGCUGAAGCAGUAUCAAGUGCCACCAGACCAUUGACUAAACAAUUAGAGAAUCUGACCACAAGUCAUGCCAACGCUGCUGCCAAUUGGGAAAAACAGGAGCAAAUUCUGAGUCAAAAAUUAGCUGAAGCUCAAAACAGACUCUCCAGUAUUAUGGAUAGUGAGCGAUCUGCACGAGAACAGUGUGCGACCAUGAGCAGCCAGCUAUCUCGAUUAGAAUCCAAGCUCGCUCUUGCGGAGCAACAAGAAGAACAACGGAAAAAUGAAAUAGCAGCAUUGAAAGAAGCUGUGGAAGAAUUGAAGACUGAAAAUAAGAAAUUAUUGAAGGAAAAAGAAACAUCUUUAAGAACUGUGAUGGAAGAAUUAAACUACGCGAAAAGAGAAAUCGCAUCCUUAGAACAGCAGCUCAGCACAGAACGAACAGCUGUAGAGUCAGAAAAGAGGAAAACAGCAAUCCUACAGGACCAGUUGCGAUCCUUGAGAGAAAUCUCUCCCCCACUUCCUCAAUCACCCCGAUCCUCUCCAGCUUUUAGUGUCGGACGAGCGUCCUGUAGUGAAUCUGUUUCAGGCACUCAAUGGCCUUCGUUUGGGGACGACGAGCGAAGCAUAACCCCAGGAAGAUUCUCAAAUGUAUACGACACAGUCAGAUUGGGUACUUCUUCAACAGUCUUUGAAAAUUUACAAUCGCAACUGAAAUUGAGAGAUGGUGAAAUACAGCAGUUGCAAUGGGAACUAAAAAAUCGCGAUGCAGAGCGAGAGUCACUUAGUAGCCAGUUGUCUAUUCUAACAGCCAAAUCAGAAGAACAGGAACAGCUCCUAGCCUCCUUGUCAGAUUUACAAACGCAGUAUGACGCUCUCUUACAACUGUACGGUGAGAAUUUGGAACAGAAUCAAGAAUUACGAAUGGAUCUACAGGAUGUUAAGGAGAUGUACAAAGCCCAGAUUGAUCAGCUGUUGAAAAGAGAAGAAAGUGGUUAAGACUGGUGCUGCUCUCUGAAGAUGCUUUUGAAACAGUGUGUACAUAAGUGAUAUUAUUACUUCUACUAUGCUCAAUGAUCGAAGUAUUUCUGAUGGAUUCUUCAGAAUGUUGCCCUGAGCUGAAUUUCACAAUGAUGGCUUAGUUUUUGCUGGUAUGUGUCUCCUUGAACGUAUCUGAACCUUUAUCUAGUUUAAAAGAAGAAUGUCAUUUCAGAAACGAUUGGUAUUAUUAAACCUUUGGCUAAUCUGCGCAAUAAUAAUUUAUCCAACUCUUAGUACGCUAAGUUUGAUUCAAAGAAGUUUGUUUUCAGGGAGAAUUCUUAGCUUUCAUUUUUUAUCCUGAGUGUGUACCCUUGCCUUCAGAAAUGAUUAUACCUAUCGUCAAGGGUAUUGUUCAAAAGUGGUCCGCACGCCAGCUAUUCUUUCUUCAUGUUACUUUGAAAGAUACGCAACGUAAGACUGUUUCCAAUCCAUUGGAAGUCCUGAAUCAUUUCUAGUGAUGAAAAUGAUAAGGAAAACAUCUGAUGGGAGGGGAGUUGUAAGGACCUCUAUGUCGCAACGUAAAACUUAAUUAAGGUCUUAAAAUUAGAAUGAUCAUUUGUACGGCUUAGAACGUGAUGCAAAUAGUACUGCAUUCAAAAAGUUACAAGCCAAGUAAUUUUAUUUCCCCAACGUAUGAAAUGAGGAAAUACACUGUAAAUUUAUUUUUCUAAUGCGUAGCUUCCUCCCCGGUGCAAGUAUGUUUAGUCAUAUCAGUUUUUAUUAUUUUUCCUCUCCAUUUUUGCGCUUAUAUUGUGCUUUUUUUAAGUGCCUCGAUUUCUAGCUCUGAACAUUGCCGUUUAGAAUCAACCGGAAUAUUUACAUUUCCUGCAUAUUCAGAAACUUAUACAACUAGGUAAAGUGUAUGCCCAUUUUAACUAUUAUUAUUUAUUGACAAAGUGCAGUUCCUAUGGCUUGAGGAGGCUUUAAUGUUUUAUUCUUUUAAGUAUUUAUGGAACAAAUAUGGAUUUCUACAAAAGGCCCAAGUGAAAUCAUCUACAGAGAUUUAGAUCGUAACAGGGGUUUGAAUUUUUAACUAAUUCUAUCUAAAAAGCCUUAUGCCAAACAACCAAAAAUACGGUGCUCUGAAAUUAUAUCACAAAAUAUUGUGGUUACAGCUUACUCUAGUUUUCCAAAUUUAUAGCGUCUCCGGGGAGCCAAUGAUUUUGCUGUGAGUUUUACAUUGAUGGCCAAAGUGUGUAUCUCUGAUUGCAACGUUGCAAACUUCCUGUCAUACUUUAUUAUUUUUUUGGAAAACUAGUCAAUGUAAUUCCGUGAAAAACACCUCGAAACUUCCUCUGUUUGUAAAAUAUUUUGUAUACAAUCCAAGCCAUUAAGUCGACUCAUUUUUCCCUGAAUUAGUAAAAUGGGAUCGAAAAUUUUGAAACAUUGCAAUGGAGAUGUGUGGUUUCACAUUUUGGCUAUCAAUAUACAUACAUGCUUCAAGCUUCGGCUCUUUUACCCGAUCACUGAUGAAGCAAAAUGAUAAAUAAAUAGAUAGCAUACUAUUUCUCCUCUUCGGUUGAUGAGUAAGCCAUAAAAAUUUUCAUAUACUUUAUAAGAAUAUAUCAAUGGCUAAAUGUAAAAUAUGCAUAUCUCAAUUGCAACGUUUGAAAAUCUCUCAUUAUGAUUUAUUUUAUUUAAGGAAAACUUCUUAAAAUAUUUCCUUGAGAUUUUCUUUGACUUUUUUUAAAUGAGCGAAGCAAAUUUUUCAGGAUAUUAUCACAGAAACUGUCAGUUAACUUUUCUAUAAAAAGAAGAAACCAUAUUUUUUUUUACUUUACCCAUCAAUAAGUAUACUUCAUAAAGUUUCUCUCAUUAUAAUAGACACAAUUUUGGCCAACACUUCCUCCAAACUGAAUUAUAUUCACCAAUGUCAGCUUUACUUAUAUUUAUUUCGGAAGUUGCUUUGAAAUUUCGGAACUCUACGAAGCCCUAAGAAACAGGCUGCUAAUCUUGGAAACUGUUGAUUUUCUAUGGUUUAAAUUUCGGAAUGUUCUUUUUUUAUCAUGUUAAAUAGUUUGUAUUAUGAACCUUUUUAACCAUCAUUAUUUUUUAUAUCUGUGAUACUUAGUCGUUAGCUCAGCUGAAUUUUUUAGGUAUUUCAUGUAGUUGUUUUCAAAAUUUUAUUUAUUCUCUUUUCUGAAGUUUCUAAAACUUUAUGUAUUAAUUUAUUUAUUUCAUGCAUCUUUGUAUUUAAUGCAUCAUCUUAUGUAUUCGUUAAUGCUGGAACAUGCAACGUGUAUGCAACAUGUAUGUACAUGCAAGAAAUACAGAAAAUGUUGAAUUUUGUUAAA